UUUCUGUUUGAAACUAGACAAGCAUCACUCAUUUCAACUCAGUAGCCUCACAAUUGACAAUUUUCGAACACAAUUAUUUUUUGACGAAGCUGUUGUAAUUUGAUCAUUCUAAAUUACCAUAUAAUGCAGCUUUUUAACUGUAGACUUUUUGAGCUUAUUGCGAUCUUUCUCGGGGUUUUCAACGCGCUAAAUGACACUGAUUUUGCUAACGGAGUUGAGCAUGAAGUUAGACUUCUUCGGAAACUGGAAAAAGUUCUGCCAAAAUCCUUUCCGCCGGCCGAUAUGAUAAAUCGAACUGUACUUGCAUUCGUUGAUAUCAACCAAAUUUCCGACGUGAACGAAAAAGAUGGCUAUUUGACCAUUCAGCUGUGGAUAUACUGUCUGUAUAUGACACCCUCGGCUUCUUGGAACCCCGAAGACUUCGGAAACAGGUCUCAGAUUACGGUGCCUCAGAAUACUUUUUGGAUGGCAGACAUAAACGUGCUGAAUGCACUGCAGGUGAAAUAUGAGUCAUUUGACAGACAGAUUGUGGACUCCUGGGGGGCAGUGGCCUUCUGGGCGUCUCUGGUGACCAUGAAUGUGGCCUGUUCUUUUGAGAUCUCUCUCUUCCCCUUCGAUCAACACCAGUGUGACAUCACUAUUGGUGCCUGGAUCAUGCCUCAGAGGAUUUAUAAUAUCCGUCCUCUGGGCAAUGAUGAAGACCUUGAUGUCGUUCAUGUACCUCUUCGGUUCUAUAGGGAAAACGACGAGUGGGAUCUGCAGCGACCUGUUCAUAUCAGCAUGAAAGAGCGCACGUGGAAUGAUGGUGAUGAAGAUAAAAUGGACAGUUUAAUUGUCCAUCUGAAACUCAAACGUCGGCACCUUUUCCACGUCAUUAUAUUCGUCGUCCCGAACGCUCUGCUUUACCUGUUGUCGGGUCUCGUGUUCGUUAUCCCAGUGGAGUCGGGUGAGAAAAUCUCGUUCGCGAUUACGAUCCUCCUCGCCCAGUUCGUGUCUCUCGGGACUAUCUCGGAUCUGCUCCCCUCCAGUUCUCUCAGUUUCCCAAAAAUUGGAUACUUCUGCGAGGCUGCUAUUUGCCAUAUGACAUUGGAUACCUUUCUCGCUAUUAUUGUAGUGAAGUGUCACUUCGCCCAUGGGACUCAUCGGAUGGGUGUCCGAACCAGGCGCCUCAUCUCAAGCAACUUCAUGAAAGUAUUCGGACUGCUACCGUGUCCCAAGAAGAAGUCAUUUCCUGGAAGCGAUGAGUCACACUUUAAGGAGCCGCCACGUCAUCUGGAGAAACAACCGAAUGGCGAAUCCUCAGGAACUACUACGUCAUCCAAAUGGUUGUCGGGUUUAAAAGGUCAAAAAAUAUCGUCAUCUGACAUGAGCAGUGUCCAGGAAAAGCUCCGAAAUGCUGUGAAGCAAAUUGAGUUUCUGGAAAGCGAAGAAAAUGCGGAGUAUCUGUGGGCCUAUUUUGGAAAAUUUUUGGAUAGAGUAUUUUUAUAUGUGCACACUGUACUCACAGUAUUUGUAAUUUUGUUCUCCUUAUUCUAUCAAGCAUAAAAGGCAUUCUUGCAAAACACAAAAAUAUGAAAAAAUAGCCUAAAUUUUGAUUUGCA